AAUCAUACAAAGAACCUGCCAAUUUUAGUCAUAAUUUGAGUUUGGUUCUGUAAAUAAAGAGUUAUAUUUUCAUUCCUUCAGGAUUUAGGUGGCUACCUUCAGAGAGACGCAGACAUCAGAAGAGGAGAGAGGAAAACCCUGAGUGAGGAGGUCGGGGAAAAGAGAACAUCAUUGCAGCACAGAGAAACUGGCUGGUGAAUGACAAUCAUGGCUCAGGUGUUACAUAUGGACACCAGUUUUCCAGGGAAGAUUAACUCCCCGGCACCCCCCUCCUUGCACAGAAAGGACCAAGAGGCUCCAUAUUCAGUCGAGACCCCUUAUGGAUAUCGUCUGGACCUGGACUUCCUCAAGUAUGUCAAUGAUAUUGAGAAAGGCAACACUAUUAAAAAGGUGCCCGUACAACGGCGCCCACGUUAUGGCUCACUUCCACGUAGCUACGGCUUUACUGGCUCCUGGUGGACCUCCACUGAGUCACUGUGCUCCAAUGCCAGCAUUGACAGCCGUCACUCAUCGUACUCCUAUUGUGCACCAGGCUUCCACAGCACACAGCUGCCCAAUUUCAGUACGGCUCGUGUGGAGAAGACCUUGUUGGACGCCCGUCGCAAGCUGGAGGAAGAGAAGGAUGGCCGCCGCUUCUCCAACCUGGGCAGCAUGCACAGCAGCGUCGCCGGAUCCAACACCUCCCUUUCCAGUGCGCACAGCUUCAGUCGUGCCCAGGGAGGUGGCUCCUAUACGCCAGUAAGCUCUGGCUUGUCCACACCCGUGUCACCCACACCUGCCCAUUUACAGCACGUACGAGAGCAGAUGGCUGUUGCUCUACGGAAAAUCCGGGAGCUUGAGGAGCAGGUGAAAACCAUCCCAGUGCUGCAAGUGAAGAUAUCUGUGCUCCAGGAGGAGAAGAGGCAGCUCAGUGUGCAGCUCAAGAGUCAGAAGUUCCUGGGCCACAAGCUUGGGUUCAGUCGGAGCCAUCCACGUGGAGAGCUCUACAUCGACAUACCCGAGGAGGAUGUGGGAAAUGGUGCAGGAGCCACAAACAGAGCUGCAGGAAGCCUUUCCCCUACCACCCCAGGCUCCCUCCAGGACUCAGGCUGUGAAAUUGAGGAGACGGUAAUUGUCGGUGGAGCACGUCCAGGUACAAAAAGGGAGGUGCGAACCGUAGGUGUGGGGCCAGAUGUGGAGGAAAGGGGCUAUUGUCAAGUAGGCGUAGGGGUGCGAGAGGAGGACUUGGGAGUACUGCCUGAAGCCGAAGCUCUAAAGACUAAGGUGGGGAUUUUGGAGGUUCAGCUAAGGAAGACUAUGCAGGAACUGCAGAGUGCUCAGCAGCAAGUGGAAGCAGCACAGAGAGAGAGGCAGGUUCUUCCUCCUCAGGUGGACCAUGCGGUGAAGGCCACCUGUCUGGGCUGGCAGGAACAACAGUGUCAGGCUGGUGCAGGCCUGCACACCAUUGUCAGUUUCACCCAGCAGCCCCAUCAGCAGAGGACAGUGGGAAUCCAGGUGUACACGUUGGAGCAACCCACAGUUGUGGGUGUGGGGACACUGCUGCGAGCCCAGAGUUGCAGUUCUCCUGCUCAGCCCAUGUCUGCAGGCACACUGGAGGGGCCCCGCAGAAGACAUGCAGAGUCCCUAGGAACAGAGGAAUCCCCACGCGAGUUUCCCAUUGCAAUAAGCUCUAAGCAGGUGCGAGAGGUCUUGAAGAGUGAAGUGUCCAAAUCAGUGCCAGUGACCAACCAGGCAACCGUCAUGGAGACAAAGUGCAGCCAAGUGGCUCCUGUCUGCCAGUGGCUAAAAGAGGGAGAGAUUAGCCAGCAGUCAUCAAAAGAAACCUUCCAAAGAGAUGCCACAAAACCAGCCUCCCCUCAGUCCACCCUGAGGUCAAUCAUAAAAAGAAAGGCUGAUGGGGAGCCUGGUUCUCCAUACACUAAAAAGAACCUGCAGUUUACUGGAGUCAAUGGAGGUUACGAGUCGACAUCCUCUGAGGAAAGCAGCUCGGAAAGUUCGGAGGAUGAGAGUGAUGCAAGCGAAUACCACGAGGCUACAGAGAAACUUCUGGAAUCUGCAGCUCAGCAGCCUCUGGUGACCCCCUGCAGACCUGCUUCUCCCAAAUCCAGUGAGACAGCAGCUUCACAAACAACUCAGCACAGCACUGCCCAGUCACCAGCCAAUGAUACUGCACCACUACAAAGCACCAGCCAAUCACAAGCCAUGGAUGCAGCUACCCAGCAACAUGUUACCCAAUCACCAGCAGCAGAGGAAAACUCACAGCACUGUACCAGCCAAUCAACAGUUGCUCCUGCGGCACAUCCAGAAGGUGUUAUUCAAUCCACAGAGGCAAAACUCGUUCUUCAAACGCAUACCUCUCAAAGCACUGCCACAGAACAAAACUCUGUCCAGUUAUCAGCCACCAGCACUGUACUACAGAAUGCUAUGGUUCAAUCCAAAUCCACUGAUUCAAAUGUACAGCAAAGUCCAAACCAGCUAGAGGCGUCAGGCCUUGAUGCUCAGCAGACGACCACUCGAUCACGAUCUACAGGUGCCAAACCUCAGAAAGAUGCUAGCCAACCAAAUACCACUGACCAACAAGCAGAUACACAGACACAAUCUACUGAUGCCUCAGCAAAACAGGACAUAGCCAUAUCCUCCAACAACAAUCCAACUGCAAACCUAACUAAUAAACAAGACAGCAAACUGGAAUUGAGUGGCAGUCUCGUGGCAGCUCUUCAUACCUUGCAAAAAGCUCUCAGUGAACCAAAUGCAUUUAGCCAUCAAGAAGCGAGGACAGCCUACACCAUGGUAUUGCAGGAGUGGCUGCGAGUGUCCUGUCACAAAGCUGCUGACACUGCAGUUGUUAAGGCAUACAUGGACACUUUUGCCUCCAUUUCCCCUCAGCUACUAGAGUUCAUCAUCAACAUGGCUGACGGCAAUGGAAACACGACUCUGCACUAUACUGUCUCUCACUCUAACUUCCCUGUUGUCAAACUGCUGCUGGAUACGGGUCUCUGCAAUGCCGACAAGCAGAACAAGGCUGGUUACACGGCUAUCAUGUUGACAGCUCUGGCUGCCUUUAAUUCUGACAGUGACCUUCAAACCGUCCUACAACUGCUCCGCACAGGCGACGUCAAUGCCAAGGCUAGCCAGGCAGGGCAGACAGCACUGAUGCUGGCGGUCAGUCACGGCAGAGGGGACAUGGUGAAAGCUCUGCUGUCCUGUGGUGCCCAGGUGAACCUGCGUGAUGAUGAUGGAUCCACAGCACUCAUGUGUGCCUGUGAGCAUGGGCAUGUGGACAUUGUGCGCCAGCUACUGUCCAUGCCAGGCUGUGACGCCACACUCACUGAUAAUGAUGGCAGCACAGCUCUCUCCAUUGCACUGGAGGCCAGUCAGAAUGACAUCGCUGUGCUUCUAUAUGCACACCUCAAUUUUGCAAAGCCGCCUUCCCCUGUGUCACCAAAGUGUCCAAUUUUGGGAUCUUCUCCUCCCUCCUCAGAAUUGAAGUGACCCCUCAAUGAAAUGGAUGUCAUGAAUUUCAUGUCAACUCUUCCAGCAGAAGUUUCUGGUUCAUUCCACUAUCUGUGUGUGCAUGUGAGUUUUUGUGUACAUCUGUAUACAUGUGUACAGUAUGGGUACCCACGUGAUACAUUUUUGCAUGUACAAUUGCGUGACGUUCAGAGAUUAUUCAAAUGUGCACUCAUGAGUCUUAAGACUCUUUUAGAAAAUUAGCACUUGACGCUAUUGGUCUUUACUUCAGUUCUAUAAGUUCUGUUCACAUUUUACAGUACAAACUAUUAUUUCUCUACAUAACAUGUUAGUUUUCAGUUAUCACAUUAACUUCACUUUGUCUGGAGAAGAAAAGCUUUUUUAAAUACGUGAGAUUUGAGUAAGAAUAACAACAAAAAAAAACAACCGUGUAAUAGCAAUAUGGUUCGUUGAUCAGUCCAUUUUUUGUGAUGAAACAAGUGUUACAUUAUAUAGUUAAAUUAUAUAAGUGCAAAUCAUCCAAUCUUAGUCACACAGCAACUGAUUAAAUGUGUAAAAGCGUAGCGUAAACAACUAUAAAAUCAUGCAUCUUGAUCAAGUGUCCUUUCAUAGUUUUACAAUUCUGGAAUCCAUAAGAACAAGAGGGAUCAGUGUUAAUACACCAGCUGUUUUCACUACAUGCAAUUUGAUAACUUUACAUAGUGAUUUUCAGUUUGUGAUGAUAAUAUACAAACUUUGAUUAUACAGUGCAGAUGUCUCACCCUAGAAAGAGAAACAUGGUGGUCAAUUCACUUCUCUAGAAGAUUUAUAAUACUAUCUUUUACAAGCAGUAAUACAUUUGUGACAAAUAUUUUAGCAUUUUUAUUGAAUGGAUAUAUAUAUUGUGAGAAUUCCACAUGCUAUAGUACUUCUAUUGAAUCGCUGGGCUUGUUUUUGUGUAAAUCAUCUGGCUAUUGCCCUAAUGGACAGACUCACACCAUAGAUUCUUUCACAGCAGUGCAGUAUUAUAAAGUCUAUGGAGAAUGUACUUUGUUUAGCCUGAUCUGUAGAGGAGUUUUGCCAUUGUGAUGAUAUAAAGACUGCAGCGGUGGGUAAUAUAGUGUUCUUCAGAGUGUAGACAAUGACUUGAAUUGAAACUUUAUUGAACAAGUGCUCUUCAAAGACAUUUUACGAGCAUACAAAUAAAUAAUGAGAGUUCUCAGAAGGUAAUACCUGAAGCUUUGGUAUUGAAGGUAAUAUGACGGUAAGCAGGUUUUUCAGAAAGAAGCUUCAAGAUGUUGUCUAGAGAGUCGAGUAUGAGUGAGUAUGAGCACAUCGAUUGGUACUGGCACAGGUUCACUGAGCACUACAAAACAUUAGAUUUUGUUUGUUUUUUCUCAGUGGCUGGUGGUUUUAGGUCCAGAAUGUGGGGAGAAAGGCUCAGAAUUGUCUAUGAUGAAUGUAAGAUGUUUUCCAUAAUGAGAAUAAUAUAUAUAUAAUCUCCAAAGUUUUUCUGCAAAUACUAUAGAAUUUUGUGUAGCUUUUUUAACCCCACAGAUUGUUGGAUUUAACAUUAUAAAUGGAAGACUUUGUUUCAUUUGAAAGACAGUUUGACUUGUUUUGUUUACCCGAUUUGUACACAUGCAUUCUUAUAACCAGUUUAGUAACUAAUUAGUUUUAUACUCUUUUGUAUUUGAUUUAUUUAACACUCUUUGAAUAUCUUUAAAUUUGUAAUAUAUUUUCACAGCUUUGUAUAUCUUUUGGCAUAUUUGCCUGCCAUGUAUCUUUAUGUAAAGUGGUCACAUUUAAAUUGGUUUGUUUUGUUUUCCCUUGUUUUUGAAAAAACAAAUAAAUAAAUAUAG